AUGAACAAUUUAUUAUUAUUAUUACCAUUUUCUCCUUUAUCUUCCUUGGUAUUAGGAAAACUAGAAACAUUACAAAUUUUUUUACAAUUAAUAUACUACUUGUUAUUUUUCUUGGCCCUCAAAACAAUUUACAAUUUCGUUUACAAUUAUUCAUUUACGCCUUUAUGCAAAAUACCUGGACCAAAAUUUGCCAAAAUUUCCAACUUGCCAAUUAUUUUGAGAAGACCGCAUGGCAAGGUUUAUAAAUGGUUUUGGGAAUUACAUCAAGAGUACGGGGGUGCUGUUAGAGUCGCGCCAAAUCAUGUUUUGUUUUCUAGCAAAGAAGCUAUUAGAAAAAUCCUUGUCGUCGAUAGACGUUCAUUAUCGCCAGCAUUUGGCAUUAGAUACAUAUCAACACUCGAGCCAUUAAUGAACUCUUGCACAAAAUCAUUAGUAGAAAAAAUCACCUGUACUUUGGAUAUUAUCGGGGAAGUAGCAUUUGGUGAAUCGUUUCAUUUGGUUGAGAAAGGUAUGCAUCCGCUACCGAUGAAAAUAUAUUUAGAAUUAAAAAGACGUGUAAUGUGUCAUACUUUUCCUUACAUGAGACCAUUUUUAAAAAAAGAUCCUUGGACUUAUGAGUUUAUUUCAAAUAUCAUCAAAGAAAGAAAAGAAUUGAAUGCCAAGGGGGGAAAACGUGAUGACUUAUUACAAAUUUUGAUCGACAUGCGUGACAACGAAACAGGAAAUCCAUUGUCAGAACUUGAAAUACAAGAUCAAACCAUGGAAUUCUUAAUAGGUGGUAGUGAUACUAGUGGUUAUACGGCAAACAUGGCACUCAUAGUAUUAUUAAAUCAUCCUGAGAAAUUAAGAAAAUUGGUUUCAGAACUUGAUUCAAUCUACCCGUCGGAAGAAAAUGACGAUGAUGGCGAAGGCAGAAAACAACAAUCAAAACCAAAUGGCUUAUUGAUAACUCCAACACAUGAUUCUUUAAAAAACCUCAUCUAUCUUAAUUCAGUGUUGAAUGAGGUAUUGAGAUUGUUUCCUGUAGCGUUAGCUGGUAUUAUGAGACAAACACGUCAAGAUACUAUAAUUGAUGGAUAUUUAAUACCCAAAGAUACAAUAGUCAGUGCUUCGAUAUAUCAAGUACAUAGAGCGAAAGACAUAUGGGGUGUUGAUGCUGACGAUUUUGUACCUGAAAGAUGGAUCUUUAGUGGAGUUGAUAAUAAUAAAAAUGGUUAUAUUUUAGAACCCGAGUUUGGAAUUAAACCAAAGACAACAAUUUCUGAUUCAAAAAAAUCCGAUUUUGCAUCACCAUUUCAAAAAGGAUAUUAUCCAUUUUCAGCAGGAACAAGAAAUUGCAUAGGUCAAACAUUUGCUUGGAUGGAAUUAAGGUUAAUUUUGGCAAGUUUAUUACUAAAUUUCGAAUUUGAAUUAAUCCCAAACCAGGAUUUAGAUAUAAGUCACUUUAUUACACCUUCUUUAACCACCAAAAAAUACGAAGUUGGUGUAAAAUUACGAAAUAGAAAUUAG